GCACACGUUCAUAAAGAACCAGCUGCAUCCAUCGCCUUCUCCCACCUCACCCCCACCCAACUCAACAACCUACAAACUUGCAUCUCUACUCGUCGCAAAAAUGGCGACUCAAACCACCAAGCAGCGCCUCGCGCUGUCCAUCAUUGACUUCCUCAACACCUCCCUCAAGGACGGCACCCUCACCGCCGACGAUGCCGAGUCCAUCGAGAUCGCCACCAACUGCAUCUCCGAGGCUUUCAACGUGACGCCCUCCGGCCCAUCGACCGAGUCCCAGUCGCUCCUCCAGGUAUACAGCGUCUACGAGAACCUGCGCUCCAAGACCGCCGCCUCCUCCGCCGCUUCGGCAGCCGCCCCUGCGCCCACCGCAGCAGCCCCAACCGACGAGGAGAAGAAGCAAGCUGAGUCCCUCAAGAGCCGCGGCAACUCCGCCAUGGCCACCAAGGACUACGCCUCCGCCAUCGACCUGUACACCCAGGCCCUCGCGCUCGUCCCAGGAAACCCCAUCUUCCUCUCCAACCGCGCAGCCGCCUACUCGGCAUCCAAGGACCACGAGUCCGCGCGUGCCGACGCAGAGGCCUCCGUCGCUGCGGAUCCAAAGUACACCAAGGCGUGGUCGCGGCUCGGACUAGCUCGCUUCGCCCUCGGCGACGCCAAGGGCAGCAUGGAGGCGUACGAGAAGGGGAUCGAGUAUGAGGGUAACGGAGGAAGCGAGGCGAUGAGGAGGGGAUUCGAGACGGCGAAGAAGAGGACCGAGCAGGAGGCUCUCACCGGUGGCGGGGAUGAUGAUGAGCUGCCAAGUGCGCGGGGUUUUGGUGGCGCGGGCGGUGCCGGGGGAAUGCCGGAUUUGAGCUCGUUGGCGGGCAUGUUCGGCGGUGGUGCAGGCGGAGCUGGAGGUGGUGGCAUGCCAGAUCUGAGCAGCAUCAUGAGCAACCCAAUGUUUGCGUCGAUGGCCCAGAACUUGAUGAGCAACCCGGACAUGAUGAACAACCUGAUGAGCAACCCGCAACUACGGGACAUGGCGAGCCGAUUCGGCGGUGGUGGUGGCGGAGGGGAGGGUGCCGGAACCCCAGAUUUGGCAAGCUUGAUGCAGGAUCCCAGCAUUGCCGAGAUGGCGAGGAAUAUGAUGGGCGGUGCUGGUCGUGGCGCCGGUGGCGCUGGGCGCGGAGCUGGAAACUAACUUUGAAGGGCUGCGACUGGAGUAUGAGGAUAUGAUGCCACGACUUUCGUUUGGGUACAACAUAAAAGAGCAUUGGAUAGAGAAAU